AUGAGCUCUGAUGUUCUGGUGUCCAGGCCGCACCGUGACAGCCGAGCCGCGGCUCACGGAGUCCCGGGGAGAAGCGCUGCGGAGCCGUCCGGGGACGCGCAGCCCUCCUCGGGCUCGGCCACGGCGGGGUUCCGCUCGGCAAAGUACACCCCGGGAGAAUGGUUCUCCAACUACCACACCAUCCUCCAGCAGGCCGGCUCCGACCGCCUGCAGGCCCGCAGCGUGCAGCGGGAGUCCCGGGCUCUGAAGCAGGACGCGGAGGCGGCCGCCCUGAGCCGCCAGGCCGCGGGGACGCGCCUGCUGGGGGAGCGGCUGCAGGAGAUCCACGGCUGGAGCUCCGAGCUGCAGCGGCACGUCGAGCGGCUGCAGGCCGACACAGAGGCGCUGCAGGCGCUGCGGGGCAGGCUGGACCGGGCGCUGGACGCCACCGAGACGCCGUACGCCAUCGCCACCGACAACCUGAGCUGCAGGGCCCGCAGACUGGGACCAGACCUGGUCAGAGACUCCGUGGAGGAGGAGCUGCUGAAGGAGGUGGACUUGAUCAGGAGUGUCCAGGCUCUUCUGAGGAGAACCACGGCUCAGGUCACCAGUCAGAUCAAGAUGAACCGAGAGGCCAAGCAGAUGUUGGAAAUGGACUGGUCUGAUAAGCAGGAGGCUUAUGGCUUUGAUGACCGCAGUGGAAGACACAGCAACACCAGUCCAGACACCAAACUCCACCCCAGCUCAGCCAAGCUGCAGGAGCAUGUGUGUAACCCCUCAUCGUGGACACAGUUUACUCAGGACAACUUGUCCAAGGCGAUGCAGGAGGAACAGGCCACUUACAGUCUCAGACUGUUGGUGGAGCGACUGCUGCAGGAUACCACUGAGGACCUGAGAGCUCAGUGCUGCAGCGUGGAUCGGGCCUUCAGCCAGCGCUGUGUGGAGCUCUGUGAGGCCAAGACGCAGCUGGAGAACAAGCAUGCUGAGAUCUUAGAGCAAAUCGGGGCUCAGGAGAAGAACAUGGUGCUCCUGCAGCAGGCCAUUGACAGCAAAGAGGCUCCUCUGAGAGUGGCGCAGUCCAGACUUUACCUCCGAUCCCUCAGACCCAACAUGGAGCUCUGCAGGGACGAACCACAGCUCAGUUUGGAAGGUGAGGUGAAGCAGAUCGACGCCUCUCUGGCGUCUCUGCAGCAGCAGCUGAGUGAAGCCAGAAGCUCCCUGUCUCACCUGGAAGAGUCGCGCAUGGCGCUGGAAAAGGACAUAAACUGUAAAACCCACUCACUGUUCAUCGAGAGAGAGAAAUGCAUCCCUCAUCGUCAGCGAUACCCAACCGUCUCAGUACUCUCAGGAUACUGA